AUGGCUGGGGAUCUCGUCUCACUCGUGAAUGAGCUCUCACAACUCGCUAACAACUAUGUGCCUACCACAAGCCAUGAUGCCGCGUCUCUCGCACCGAAAGCGGCUCUUGUCAGUCUCACUAGGAAGAUUAUGCAUUCUCUAAUGGACCCAGGAAUGAUGGUACAAGCCCACUCGUUGCAAAUGGCCGAGUUGGUCUCUAUCCGUACGCUAUUGGACCUUAAGGUGUUUGAGAAGAUGCCAGUCGAAGAAGGAAAGACCAUCAGCGCCAGGGAGUUAAGUGAGGUAUCCGGUGUGCAGGAUGCGCUGCUUGAAAGACUACUGCGCCCUCUGGUUGCUUCAGGAUUCAUAACCCAGUCGUCCAACGAUGGCACCUAUGGAUCCACCAAGUUCUCCCAGGCGUAUACUUCUUUCCCCGGAAUGUUCUUUACCUUGAUGUUUGACCACUUCCUCCAGCCCAUGACGGACCUUCCCAAGUACCUGGCAAAGCAUGGGGCCGUGGAGCCGACAUCUUUCUACGUCAAUCCAUACUCGGACUACCACAACGCAAGCGACUCUGGGUUGACGACGUGGGAAAUCAUGUCCAAAGAUCCGGAGAAGUUGAAGACAUUCCAGCUGGGGCUGAAAAUCGGCGACAAUUUGGUCCCUAUUAUCGGAUACUACGACUUUAAUCAACUGAAAUUAACCGAAGAGGAGUUGCAGAAAACCCCCGACCGAGCUGCUCUGGUGGAUAUCGGUGGAGGAGUGGGGAACACUCUAAAGAAGGUCCUGGACGAGUAUAGGCAGCUUGAUCCCGGAAAUGUGGUUUUACAAGAUCAAACGGAUGUUAUAGCAAUGGCUGAGAAAGAGAAGAUUCCUCCCGAAGGAGUCAAGCUGAUGGAGCACGAUUUCUGGACCGAGCAGCCCGUCAAAGGCGCCAAAGCGUACUUUUUCCGACGAGUCUUCCACGACUAUAGCGACGAACUCUGCGCCAAGGCGCUCAACCAGGUCAUCCCGGCCAUGGCGGCCGACUCGCGCGUCCUCAUCGCCGACAUGCUCCUUCCGGAGAUCAUGACGGACAAGGAGGCCCACACGGCCGCGCUGGACGUCGCGUGCAUGGUCAUGGGCGGCAAGGAGCGGACCGAGGCGGACUUCCGCAAACUGUUCGACAGCGUCGGGCUCGAGGUUGUACAAAUCCACCGCGCCCCAGGGGGGGCCGCGGGCAUCGUUGAGGGGAAAUUGAGGGCGACGGCCUGA